AUGGAAGAAAUGAUCGACAAUACUGUAUAUGAACCAAAAGAAGAUGAUGACACUUAUAUCGAUGAUUUUGAUGAUGGUAAUGUAGAUUUAUCAUAUCAUCACAAAGUACCAUUGAUUCUACAAAACAAAGAUUUCGAUGAUCUGACUGAUUUAAUUCGUCAUAUGGAUUUGAAGCCAAUGAUGAAUGAACAAAUACGUCAAAUAGCUUGUCAAGAUAAACGAAUUCUUUUAUCGAUUCGUCGUCAAUUGAAGACAAACAAGAUUGUUUUACGUACUUCUUAUAGAGGUCAUGUUUUUCGAGCAUUGAAAAGAAGAAAUUUUGAACGAAAAUCGUCCAAUUAUAUAAGAGAAAAGGGAAUUUACUUGGUUAUUCAACAAUUAACCGGACCCAAUCCAGAACAUAUAACACAACGAUAUUUGAUGAAUAUUGUUCAUCGUGUAGAAACAACAUUGUAUGAAUUAUUUGAAACUAAAUGUCUCAAUCAAUUUCAAUAUACAUGCAUGAGUCAAAAUCGAGCACAAGUAAAAUUAAAUUAUUUGUAUUUUGUCCCUGAACUCAAUAAAGAAGAUUGGUCAGUUCGACCGAUUAUCAUUUGUAAUAAUGGGCCUACAAUGCUAAUAGCUGAUCAUCUUUCUGACUUACUUUGGUCCAUAUUUGAUCGAGUCACUCAUUGUCAAAAUUUUUUACAAGGGGCUGAUGCUGUACAUGCUCUUGAAAUUUAUGCUCACCAUCAUCAUCGUCUUCAACCAACAACAUUAUUUGUCACGUUUACAAUGGACGAUUUAUGUAACAUAUUUCUACAUGAAGAAGUACUUGAAAUCUUAGAAGAUUUUCUUCAUACUUAUGGAUUAUCCGAUGAAAAUUUUCAAGAACACCGUAUAAGUAUUGAAACAAUUCUUCAACUUGUUCGUCUCGUUUUAUACAAUCAAUAUUUUGUCUAUAACAAUAAACUUUAUCGACAAAUGGUUGGCGGUGUUUCUGGUUUACCAUUGACUAUGGCUUUAGCUUACAUUUAUUUAUAUCAUUGUAGACCAUUAUUAUGGACUAUGUUAAUAAAUAAUACACAAGAGAUAUUUGGAAGACAUGUAGAUGAAGCAUUUUUUACAUGGAAUGGAUCUGAACGUCAGUUACAAAAAUUAUUUGAUGUAGAGAUCAAUCAUCAUUCUUCUACUCAUCUUAAACCGACUAUUAGUAAAAUGAUUCAUUUUGAUGAUGUCUAUAUAAGCCAUAAUAAUGGUCAACUACAGACAAAAGUCUAUCAUUAUCCUUUUCUCAAUCAAAUUGCUUUAUUGAAAAAUAUUUCUUAUAUUCCAAUUUGUUCUAAUCCAAAAUUACGAAUACGAAAAGCAUUCAUUCGUGCAGUACGUUGUUGUUUAAAUAGGAAAGAUUUUAUUGAUGAAUAUAAUCAUAUAGAAUGGUACUACUAUUCUCAUGGUUUUUCAACUCUAUUUAUUCAACAAAAUACACAACAAUUUUUUCUUGAUAUUGGUCUACCAUCUUUAUCGAUGCCUCUAUCCGAACCAAAUGAUUAUGAAAAUCUUCGUCAUCAUAUUAUUGAAUAUGAACAACACAAAUCCGAAUUAAUAAAACAACGAAAAAUGAAUUCAAAAAAUACAUUUAACCUCUAUUAUUCGACAGAUAUGGAUACAGAUACAUUAGAUCAAAUAAAACGUGUUUUGAAAGACGAUUCCAAAAAAACAUCUGAACAUUCAACAGAUACUGAUGAGAUUCCAUUUAAAUAUAAAUUAAUACCCUAUGAACCCAUUCCGUUAUCAGCGGAUGAUUAUCUCAUAGAUAAACGGCCACCACUUCGUCUUUUAACUUUAUCCGAAAGUGACAUAGAAGACGACAAUGAUAGCAGUGAGUACUUUUGA